UGUCAUUGCCUUUGGUCAAGCAGCACUGACAGGGACAAUAACAAGAUCGUUCUGCACCGUGAGAAAUUAUUCAACAAAAAUUUAAGCAAGGGAUGUCUGCCAAACCGGAGGCUCCCCAGCGAGAGGAAAUCUUGACCUCCCAGGGUAAAAAUACCAUGAUGCAUCUGAAUGGUCAAAACCUCAGACUGGCAGCUAAAAAUGGCCCCAAUUCAAAAACACCUGGCCUCCAUCUGUCAGCAACACAUGGAAAGGAGGCAGUGGGUCAGCUUACGGCCUCCUCGCUGACCCAGGAGGGUGUGGCACAGUUGGAUUCGCUGCUGCUCAAGUCGCCAAGGCCUGACUUAGAAAAGGAAAAGGAAGCCGAGAAUCAGCCUGCCCGGCGCCCUAUGAAGCUUGCCCCUCUGCAGCUGCCGGAAGAGGUGAAGGAAGCUCAGAAGCAAAAAAUCAAGUUCAUCGAGCAGGAAGCCAAAGAUGUUUCUGAUAAGCUGGACAUGGCAGUGAACGGGCCCCGGAAAGUCAAAGCUUGUGUCAGACACAGGCAGGUGAAAAGUCCUGGGCGCCCCUCUGCUUUGUCUGAGCCAGUUAAAACCCAACAGCAGCACAGAGCUCCAAGGGCCAAGCUGAUACGCUCCAGUCCCAUAGAGCAGAACAGCGAGAGGCAUCUAGAGGAGGUGGUGUGUCGUGGCACCCCAGCCCUUUUGUGCAGCAAACCCACCCCUCCCUCUGUUUCUCCGGGUGUUAAAGCUCAGGCCACACGCAGCGGAGAGGUGGCAAGCCAGAGCCCCGGCAUGCUCCAGCAGCAGACUGGGAGGAGGCGGCUGAGGCUGAGGAGAACGCAGCGCCUAGAAGAGGAUCAGGGCAAAUCAAACACGUCAACAGGGGGAUUAUCUGGAGAUGAAGGCAAGCUGGCUCAGGGUUUCCAAGGCAAAGGGCAACGUGCGGAGAGGGCUCUGAGAGAGGCCAGCCGCAUGCUGGAAAAGGCAUCAAAAAGGAACCUGGCACAGCAGCACCCCGAGAACAUGGCGGUGUCAGGGAGAGCCAUGAGGCGGGUGGCAGUCAGCGACCUGCAGGAGGCAGUGCUGUGAGCCUGCGGCAGCUCAACGUACAUACAGUGAAAAUGCACGUGAUGGGGUUAACCCAUGUCUUGACUGAUGCCUCUAAUUGGACAUUAACCCCACAAAACUCAUGAGCUGUGGGCUGGCUUUUAUUUAGUCCCCUGAGCAAAAUUCCUUUACCUCUUUCAAAAAUAGAUUUUUAAAAACUGUUAUUUCGGCAAAUAUUUAUUUAUUUUUUUUGUUUUUUGGAAUGUGCAUAGUCUCAUCUAAAAAACAAAAACAAAAACAAACACAAAAAAAAAUAAAAAAUACAUAAAAUUAACUUUAAAUAACCACUCUUCCAUUACUUUUUUUACUUCUGUUUUUCUGUGAAAAAUUUUUUAAUCAUUAUUUUUUAUAAUUAUUUUUCCUUUUUUAUUUAUUUUUUUAAGAUUACGGUUAUGAUUUUUUAGAUUCCAACCUAAA